GGUUUUUGGGUAGUCACCUAGGGAUUGGCCAACAGGAAUGGGUAGCGAAAGGGAGGACAACAAAUUUAGAGUAGACUGCCGCCUAUAGGCACCAGCAAUUUAGCCCGCCAAAAGCCCAUCACGGUCCCACCCGCAUCGGGCCUUUCAGCCGGCUGAACACCUCUAUUCCCCCCCUCUCCAAGGAAAGCGAACCACCCUGAUCCUGCAACCCGUGGCGCCCGCUGCCGCCGCCGCAUCGCAUUGCCCCGACGCCGAAACCUAGCUCCUCAAUUCUCCUCGCUCACCCUCUCGCUAGCCGCUGCCCACUCGCCAAUCUCCGUGGCCGGACGCCGUCGGCGAGAUGGCUACGACCUGUUUCCGCGCCGCCGCCCGCGUGGCCUCGGCUGCCGGCCGCUCGGCGGCGGCCUCCCGCUCCGCUCCCUCCGCGGCCCGCGCCGCUGCCGCUGCCGCUGCCGCAGGCCGCGGGGCCUCGUGCUUCUCCAGGGUGCCGGUGGAGCUCGGGUGCUGCGCGGGAUUGUCGCUGCUGCCGCUGCACAGCGCGGUGGCGGCGGCCAGGCUGACGUCGCGGCUGAGCACGGCGUCGAGCUGCCGUGCUCUCUCUCAGGGUAUCCUCUGUCGCACCUAUCCCGGGCUUUAACAUCAUGAAAAUGAUGGUACGUGAAACAUUUGCCCAGUGUCUUAAGAGAUGGGUCUAUCCGUUCGAAGGUGAUAAAUCGCUGGAAGACCUGCUCAUGUCAUGCUCUCGGACUGAAAUGAUUUUUGUAGAGUAGUUAUCUAAAUGAACAUCUGGAGCACUACUCUUUAUUACCCCAUCUACAAUCUUGGCUAUACUAGAUUUUUUUUCAAGGUCAUGCAAGGACGGUUUGCCGUUGUCUGGGUUAUAUUCGCUCAGUAACAAUUCUGAAUGCCUAUCUGUGAUGAUAACAACGAGGAACAAUUUAAGGUCUCCUUGUCAUCAUUUUGAAAGUGGUCGAUGAUUAUGUUAGUACACUUGCUACUGUUUUCUUCAAAUUUUUAAUAAGGUGGCACGAACCUGAACGUGGCUCUCUAGUGAACACUUUGGAGCCUCCGUUUGCUUU